AGAUCCCCAAGAUCCCCAACCCCCAAAAGUACUACUAUAAUCUGGAAUGAAGCAGAGCUAAGAUCAUUCAUCAAUCUCAUGGUUGAUAAUGUCCGAAACGGAUUGAAGACAAACUCAACAUUCACAAAGGUUGGUUGGGACAACAUUACAAAAGGGCUUGAAGCCGAAUUCAAAAGGCCCUUUGCGAAAGUACAACUACGUAACAAGAUGAAUAAGUUACGCAAGGAGUACAACAGCUUCAGGGCUUUGUUAGAAACAACUGGUUUUGGAUGGGAUGCGAAUGCUCGGACUGCCACAGCUGAUGAUUCAGUAUGGGAAUCUGCUAUUCAGGGAAACAAGGAUUGGGCAAAGUAUAGAAGAAAUGGUCUCCCCAUGUGGCCAGAGUUGUUAGAGAUCUUCUCCGACUCUAGUGCCCGUGGGGAUAGAGGUCUGUCACAGGCAACAGUUGUCACUCCAACGUCAACUAACCUUGAAAUUGAUGAUGAUUUGCAUGACACUGAUAAUUAUGACAGUGAUGCUUGUACUGGGACACCCAAGGGGUCAGCUCCUCCGAAGCGGCGACUUGAUAGGACUCCUACGGAUCGUAGGAGGAAGAGCCACACACGGACAUUGACGAACUCCGCUGAGGACUUUAGAACCUUCGUCCGAUGGAGGAUGGAAAAGGGAUCAACCUCUGCCACCUCAGCAGUUACCCGACCACCUGACCCUAUUGUUGAUGGACCAUAUAGCAUGAUCAGUUGUCAGAAGCUACUGGACAGUUUGGAGGAUAUCCCGACUGAUUUGUAUGUGUUAGCGCAGCGUAAGAUACACAGUGACCCUGGGUGGCGCAUGUCUUUUGUUGAAGUGAGACCUGACAGGAGGUUAUGGAUGAUACAUGGCCUUAAGGAGUGAAAGUAACAGUUUUUGAAAGCAUGAAUGAAC